AUGUCUCAAGUUGACCAGCUUUUAGAUUCGGCUCUCGACCUGAUGCGCAGACUACCUCCUCAAAAAAUAGAUAAAAAUUUAUCUGAUCUGAUUGAUUUGGUGCCCAAUCUUUGUGAGGAUUUAUUGUCAGCAGUUGAUCAACCUCUGCAAAUUAUGAGAGACAAAGAAGUGGGCAAAGAUUUUUUACUGUGUGACUACAACAGAGAUGGUGAUUCAUAUCGAUCUCCAUGGACCAACCAGUAUCAGCCACCUAUUGAUGACGGGGCCGUCCCAUCUGAGAGACUCAGAAAGUUGGAGAUUGAAGCCAAUUCUGCUUUUGAUCAGUACAGAGACAUGUACUAUGAAGGUGGUGUGUCGUCUGUGUACUUGUGGGAUCUAGAUCAUGGAUUUGCUGGAGUAAUCCUGAUAAAGAAAGCUGGAGAUGGAUCUAACAAGAUUAAGGGAUGCUGGGAUUCCAUUCAUGUUGUUGAAGUGCAGGAGAAAUCUAGUGGAAGGGCUGCUCAUUAUAAGUUGACGUCUACAGCAAUGUUGUGGCUACAGACAAGUAAGUCUGGAUCUGGCACAAUGAAUCUAGGAGGAUCUCUCACUAGACAAGCAGAAAGUGAUUUCAACGUUGGUGAAGCGAGUCCUCACAUAGCCAACAUAGGCAGGAUGGUUGAGGAAAUGGAGAAUAAAAUCCGAAACACGUUGAACGAUAUAUAUUUUGGAAAAACUAAAGAUAUAGUAAAUGGAUUGAGGUCUACUCAGUCAGCUGAGGAACAGAGCAAAAAAAAGAUGUUGCAGUCCGAAUUGGCUGGUGCUUUAAACAAGAGAGCACAAACUUCCAACUGA